CUUUUGCCUGGUACUAGAACCGAAAAGGAUUCAGGUUUCACUCCACCAUUCAACACUAAAAGAAAAGUCUCACCUGGCCACAUCUUAUUCAACAUUAGGACGUGUUAUUAAGGAGAGCAUAACAUUUCCUGUUGCCAUUGGUACUGGAGCCGAAAGGACUCUGAACACUAGAGGAACUUUGAGGAAGUUCACCAGGAUAACUUCUUCACUUCAUCCUUUUUUCAGCUGAUGUGGCCCGACUUCGUGCGACUCUGAUGAGCAAAACUUGACCUGCAUUUUCUUUGUUAACCUACUAAAUUAUAAGUUGGUUAUUUUUAGAUACUUUCCUUUAGAUACUCUAUUUACUAUCUUGUUUUUACCACAAGCAUAAUGGCAAGAUUCAGUUCAAGUUUGCAACCUAGACGCAAUUUCAGGUAUUUUAAUGAAAACAACUUUAUGUUUGAUCUUUUAUAUGAUGAUAUCAAGGAAACGUUAAACAUUUUAGAUGUUGAAGGAGCUUUAAUACAUUUCAGAAAAUCUUUCAAUGCAGUGGUUAAUAAGCAUGCUCCUAUUCUAAGUUCUGAACAUCAGAAUAAUUCUGGGAAUCGAUCCUGUCCUCAGGAGGUCAAUACAGAUGAAGACCAAAUAUCAGAUCCUAAACAAAUCUGUGAAGCUUUCAAUCAGUAUUUUAUAGAUAUAGGUAAUCUGUUUGAAAGAAACGAUAAAGGGCCACCUGUCUUACCAAAUGAGGUUGAUGACAGGAUUACAUCGAGUUGUUGCUUCGGGUUAAAAGAAUUUACUUGUAAAGAGGUUUAUGAAGCUAUGCUAGAUAUGGAUCCGAUAAGUGCCAUUGGGGAAGACGGUCUUGAACCUUCAUUUUUACAACGUGCUGCUCAACUAGUAGCGAUUUACAUAACACACAUUUUUAACCUCUCAGUUUCAACUGGAACCAUCCCUGAAGUCUGGAAGGCCUCUUAUGUAACCCCCAUCCAUAAAGGUGGUGAAACAUCUGACCUUAAUAAUUACAGGCCGAUCUCUAAACUUUCAUGUUUAGCAAAGAUUCUUGAAAAACUGGUUAGCAAUCAGCUAAACUCGUUUCUAACAGAAAACCAGAUUUUACAUGAACGGCAGUCUGCUUAUCGAAAAAACCACAACCCUAUGACAGCUGCUACUGUUGUUUUAAAUGAUAUUAUAACUGCUUUGGACAAUAACCAACACUGUGCAGUGCUUUUUACUGACCUCUCUAAAGCUUUUGAUACAGUGGAUCAAGCUGUGCUUCUCAAAAAGCUUCAGAGGAUUGGAUUUGAUGAAAAGGCCUUUAAAUGGUUUGAAAAUUAUUUCCAAGACAGACGUCAGAGCGUUACCAAUGGAAAUGUUUACUCACGAUUUCGACAUGUUGGAAAAGGUGUUCCUCAAGGCGGUGUUUUAAGUAAUAUUUUGUUCAACAUCUACAUGGCGGAUAUUGCUUCAUCUGUAACAGGCUGUAAUGUUCACAUGUUUGCUGAUGAUACUGUUCUGUACUGCAGUGCAGGUGAUGCUCAAGCUGCCAUUACAACCCUUCAGCAAAGCUUUAAUGACUUACAAAAUGAAUUCAGGAAACACAAACUAGUUCUCAAUGCAAAUAAAACAAAGUACAUGAUUUUUACAUUAGACAGAAAUGUUGAUGAUGGACUUGUCCUCUCCAGUUUGGAUGGCACAAAUAUCGAAAGAGUUGAAAAGUACAAAUAUCUGGGUCUGUGGAUUGAUAAGGGUCUGAGCUUCACUGAUCAUGUGACAACAUUGGCCAGUGUUUUGGGAGAAAGAAUUGAUUCUUUUCAUAAAAAAUACUCACACUUAUACAUGGAGAGCAAAAAAGACUUGAUUCGAAAAGAAUUUUUGUCCAAAUUUCAUAAGGGUGACAUUUUGUACAUGCAUGCCUCGCGCAAAGUACGCAAGCAGUUGAAUAAUGUUUAUAAUUCUGCUUUAAAAUUUGUCCAAUGGCAUGGCCAUUAUGCUAAUCAUCAUAAGCUGUAUCAUGAAAUGGGAUUGCUUUGUCCCUCUCUGAUCCGUAAGGGCCACUUGUUACUAUUUAUUUAUAAAGCUUUGAACGGCUUUUUACCCCCUUACAUUAAAUCAAUGCUUGUCAUAGAUGAAGCAAGAUCCAGCAGGAAUUGCAUUUUGCUACAGGAGCCAACGGCCUCUACUGAAGUUGGUAAAACCAGAUUUAGUUACUUUGGACCCAAAACCUGGAAUAAAAUGCAGGAAACACACAAACUUAAUCCUUCUGAAUCUGAAAUGAAAGCUAAGUCUUUAAUUUUGUCUUAUCUGACUUCCAAAUGUCUUUGUCGUUGCCGAGACUUGAGAAAACCUAAAUGGGGACUGUAAGUGUUAUUUUCUUUGCUGACACUUAUUUUUCUGUGAUACACAAAUACUUAGAUACCUCUGUUCAUAAUAUGAUCAAAGGUUGAGAAUAAAAAUCAUGAAAACUACAAAUGUGGAUCAGAGUUUAUUUCUGUUUUGUUUGUUUUAAGAAUGAUACUAUAAUAAAGUUCUGAUGUAGUUUAAAAAAUAUACAUGAUUAAUUCAGCAACUAAAUGAAUGAAUGAAUGAAUGUUAGCUUGAUUGUUUCUAAACUGUAACUUUGCAUUUUAUUUCU